UUUGCUUCUUUUGCCUUUUGCUCUGAUUUUGAAAUGUCAUUGAGAUACAUUUUCCCGGCAAAAUGGAAACAUUACAGAUGGAAGAAUUUUUUGAAACUAUACCCAACUCAUCAACCCCAAAUAAUAUCUACAAAUAUUUCUAUAAAUCAGUUUGUAAAGAGCGGACGAUUAGACAUGGCGCGGAAUCUGUUCGACGAAAUGCCAAGGAGAACCGUUGCGUCAUGGAAUACCAUGCUUUCCGGAUACUCAAAGUGGUGGAAAUUCAAUGAAUCGCUUGAUUUACUUUCAUCAAUGCAUCGAAGCCAUAUAAGGUUUAAUGAGUCCACUUUUUCCACUGCAUUGAGCGUAUGUGGGCGCCUGCGGUCUUUAACUGAUGGAAAACAGAUUCAUUGUGUUGUUAUUAAAUCUGGGUGUGACAGUUUUGAGCUUGUUGGAAGUGCUUUGUUGUAUUUUUACGCAAAUUGUUUUGAGAUCGAAGAAGGGAAGCGGGUUUUUGACGAGUUGCAUGAUAAGAAUGAGUUGUUGUGGAAUUUGAUGAUUGUGGGUUACGUGGAGUGUAGUUUGAUGAGAGAGGCUCUUGACGUAUUUAUAAAGAUGCCGAAACGGGAUGUUGUGGCUUGGACUACAUUGAUAUCGGGAUAUGUGAAGAGUGAAGAGGAUUGCGAGAUGGCUUUGGAGUUGUUUUGGUGGAUGAGAGGGAGUGGUGAGGUGGUGCCUAAUGAGUUCACUUUGGAUUCUGUUAUAAGGGCUUGUAGAAGGCUUGGUGAUUUAUGUGAAGGGAGGCUUGUUCAUGGGAUUCUGAUCAAAUAUGGAUUUGAAUUUGAUCAAUUAAUUGGUGGUGCACUGAUUGAAUUUUAUUGCUAUUGUGAAGCUAUUGAUGAUGCUAAGAGAGUUUAUGAUGGCAUAACAAAUCCCUGUUUGAAUGCUUCGAACUCACUCAUUGGAGGGCUUAUGUCGUUGGGUUGGAUUGAAGAUGCAGAACUGAUUUUUAAUAGACUAGUUGAUGCGAAUUCAGUUUCAUAUAUUCUGAUGAUUAAAGGGUACGCAGCUUUUGGUCGAGCUGAAAAUUCAAAAAGAUUAUUUGAAGAGAUGGCUCAAAGAACAAUAGUUUCUACUAACACAAUGAUUUCUGUAUAUUCUAGGAGUGGGGAGAUUGAAAAAGCUAUAAAGCUGUUUGAAGAAACGCAAGGAGAAAGAAACCCAGUAACAUGGAAUUCAAUGAUGUCUGGUUAUAUUGAGAAUGAGCAAUACAAAGAGGCUCUAAUGUUGUAUUGUACCAUGUGCAGAUUACAAAUAGAGCAUACAAGGUCAACAUUCUCAGUUCUCUUUCAUGCAUGUUCAUGCCUGAGAUCUCUUCAACAAGGACAAUUACUUCACGCACGUUUGAUCAAAACACCAUUUCAGUCUAAUGCAUAUGUUGGAACAUCUCUCAUAGAUAUGUACUCCAAAUGUGGCAGCAUCACUGAUGCUCACAAAUCAUUUUCCAGCAUAUCUUCACCUAAUGUGGCAGCAUGGACAGCUCUUAUUAAUGGUUAUGCACAACAUGGGCUUGGCUCUCAAGCUAUCUUACUCUUUGAGCAGAUGUUGGAGAAAGGAGUGGCCCCUAAUGCUGCUACCUUCGUUGGAAUUCUGUCUGCCUGUGGCCGUGCUGGUCUAGUAAAUGAAGGGAUGAGAUUGUUCAGGUCAAUGGAAAAAUUCUAUGGUGUGGUCCCAACUUUAGAACACUAUGCUUGUGUGGUUGAUCUUCUUGGUCGGGCAGGUCAUCUGCAAGAAGCUGAGGAUUUUAUUACAAAGAUGCCAGUUGAAGCAGAUGGGGUUGUUUGGGGAGCUUUACUCAAUUCUUGUUGGUUCUGGAUGGACAUGGAAGUUGGUGAGAGGGUGGCAGCGAAGAUGUUCAGUUUGAAUCCAAAGCCUAUAUCCGCUUACAUAAUUCUAUCUAACAUAUAUGCAGUACUUGGAAAAUGGAGUAAAAAGAUGAAAGUAAGGAAGAGGUUGAGGGACUUGGAAGUCAAAAAGGAUCCAGGCUGUAGUUGGAUAGAGCUGGACAACAGGCUUUUCGUGUUUUCCGUAGAGGACAGAAGCCAUCCAUAUUGUAACAUGAUUUAUGCCACCUUACAGCAUCUGACGACAAAUUUAAACUCCUUUCAUAUUAAUUCAUUUUGAUUGUGAGUGUCAUACCAAUAAAAAGGCUGGCUAUCCUCUUGCAACAGACAAUAAUGGAUCAAGCUCUAUUAACUGUUUUAUCUAGAUUCAUCCUCUGGUGAUUCUUUAAUCAUAUGAUCCAAAAUGAGCACUAAGAUUGUGCAGAACUGCCUUGGAGAUUUGCUUCAAGCAGAGAAGUUUUCUGAUCUGGUGGUGGAAAUUUGUCUGGUUGCCUCUCUAUGGUUUUUCACUGGCAUAUUACUUACAUAAAGAUCUGAAAUAAUUUUAGCAACGACGGUGAAAUAUGUCCACGGUAGUAAUUCUGCAGAACAUUGCUUCUUUUCUGUUCUCAGUACAGUGCCAGUGCAAUGUCAUCACCUGAUCAACCUCACUGGGACGGUUUCAUAUCACCACAAUAAAGCAACUAAAUUCAGUAGCUUUGGCAUUUCUGUUGGUUGGUUACAAGUUCAUUAGGCAAGCUUUGACCAAGUUAUCCCUCUCAAAAGCUACUGAUGUAUGAAGAAUGCAAAUUCCUUGUUGAAGAAACUUGUUGAUGAUACUUCUAAUCUUGGUGAUUGAGAUUGCUGGUUUGACCAAGGAUUGCAUUGAAGGCAUUGUCUACUGGAUAAUAGGAGAUCCCACUUGCAGAAUAUACUUCAAUUGAAGCUUGCAUUCUCUAUUGAACAGAACUUUGUUGGCCGAGAUAACUCAUGAAAUUCAAGGUCUUGAACGCAAAAAAUACGGUGCUCCUGUUUGUUUUUUGGUGUUUAAGUUUGCUCUGAUCAUAUGCAAAAUAUACUAACUGAUUCGAAUAGAGGUAAUUAAGUUUUAACGGUUGCAACCUUUAGGUCUACUUGCCUAUUAUUAUAAAGAACUG